GCGACACCAUUUUUUCCAAUGUACACAAACUGAGUGUUGUCAAGAAUGACAAACUGAAUACACACGAGUAUUCAAAUUUUUAUACUUAUAUAAUCUCAAGAAACUAAGAUGCCAUACAAGCUUCCAUUUCGUGUUGUCCAUGUAUCGGGACAAGACGAAAAUUUCAAGGCAUCGGAACUUAAUACUCAUGGACCACUAACCAAGGGAUGGCAGUCUUCAAGGUUUUGUUUAUAUCCGCAAGAUAUUGUUAUUCAGUUAAACUUCAGAUCACGGUUACGCAAAAUACAGAUUCUAGCUCAUCAAUAUCUUAUAUCAACGAAAAUAGAAUUUUUUGUGGGUGAUGUACCCGAUGGAACCAAGCCAUCAUUAGAGAAUGCCAGAUACACAAGAUUAGGAUAUGUAUCAUUGUCAGAUAAUGAGAAAACUGGAUAUAAAGCAAGAGAGUUGAAAUCUGUACAUGUUGAUGCUCAUGGUGUUUUCUUAAAGUUAAAUAUACAUAAAAACCACAUUAAUAAAUAUAACCUCUAUAAUCAGGUUGGGUUGAUAGCUGUUAAUGUUAUUGGAGAUAAUAUUGAACCAAAGAAACUAGAUAUUAUGGAUCCUGAUUUUCUUGAUUUAAGUGACAAGAGAAUGGAAAUAAUGAAAGAUCCAAUAGUAGAUGGUUAUAUAAACAAUAGUAAUAGUUAUACUGAUAGUCAACCCCUUAGACCCGACUUUGUGUUUUUACCUGAUUAUAUUUCACCACUGGAUGAUCUAGCCUUUGACAUGUACCAAGACCCAGAAAUAGCUCAGAUCAUCAGGAAACUUGAGCGUAAAAAACAAGAAGCUGUAUUGCAAGAACGAUAUGAUUAUGCCAAGAGGUUAAAAACAGCUAUUGGUGAACUACAAAAGGUUGGUGAGAAGUUAGGUAAAAUGGAAGUAGAGAAGAGACAAGCUGUAGAAAAUGAAGAUUAUGAUAAAGCUAAGAUUAAAAAGAUCCAGAUGGAUGAAUUACGACUACAGAGUUAUAAAGAUUUACAUGUCAAUGAUUUAUUAGAAUUAAAUGGGCCUCGUCAUCCUGUGCAUAUUGACUUAGAGCCUGUACGACAUCCAACUCCUCCACGAUUAAACGAUGAUAUUUACACAUCACACGUGUCACCGCCACCCACCCCACCACGAUAUGAAGAUAGACCAUUACCAUCACUAAUUAAAAAUAAAGAAAUGAAGGAACCUGUUGUAGAUAAUGCUACACAUGUUGAUUCCUCACCUCACCCUGCUACACCUUACGAAGAACGAACGCUACCUGUUCACACAUCUAAAACUGAUGGCGAACAGCCAAAUCCUAUAUUAUAUGAAGAAGUUGUAGAAGAAUAUGUUGAAACUGUACCUGAUGAGGAAUUUGAAGAUACAAUAGGAGAAGCUGAACCAAUGACAGAACAAGAUUUACGGGAUGCAUCACAACCUAUAGAAGUGUUUGGUGAACCAUUGGUUUCUAAAGCAUAUUCUAAAACUUGGUCAUAUCGUGAAGAUGCUUUGUUAGCUGUUUAUAAAAAAAUGUCUGAACUACCGUCAUCAACUCCUAAAGAUGAGUCCAAAUAUAUGAUGAAGGCUGCCAUAUUCCUUGUAAAACGUGCCAUAGAUGAUAAAGUAUAUGCUGUAUUUAAAGCAGCAAUUCAUUUACUGCGAAUGAUAUUAACAGAAUAUGUAGCUAGAUUUAAAAUACCAAAACAGGAUAUUGUUUCUGCUUGUGAGAGAACAUUGCCUAAUUUAUUACACAAAGCUGGUGAUACGGCUGUUAGAAAUCGAGAUGAUGCUAAAGGUUUUAUAUUAGAAACAGCAAAUUUCCCAGAUGUAAAGCCUACUUAUGUUGUACCACAUGAAUUAGUGAAGCCAUUUAAAAUGUCUAUUGCACCUAGAAUAGGUCAAAGUCAUGUGGAAAUAUUAGAAUCUUUAUACAAAGAUCACGGGUUGAAUAAAAGUGGUUUAUCUGUAGAAAAUAUGAUGCCAUUUUGUGUGGAAGUUUUAAAUCAUCAUUCAGCCGAUGUUCGUGAUCCGGCAGAGAGAAUUAUAAAGAUGUUAUAUAGAGAUGUUGGUGCUCCCGUUAAAGAUUAUUUACCGCCAGAUGACGAGAAGAAUCGUAAAAAUACACUGUGGAGACAAUUGUUUGAAUAUUUUGAUAAGGUGGAUGGUAAACCAAGUAAAGAGGAUCUUAAGAGAUCACAGAUGGAUCAAGAACAUGAGAAACAGGCUGAAAUAGAGGCCUUACAAAAACAACUACAACAAUUAAAAGAUAUGCAAACAGGCAAAGCACCUGUGGAUGAAAAUAUCCUCAAAGAUGCUAAAAACAAAAAAACAGUCCAAUCAAAAGAUAAGAAGAAAGCUGACCCAAAAAGUAAAUCUAAGUCAAAACUACCUCCACGUAAACCACCAACGCCAGACGAUGAUAAUAAGUUUGAUAUAGAUAAUGUAUGUAUAUUCUGUGAUGAACGUAACCCAACAUUUACCGAAGAAGGUUUAGAUGUACAUUAUUGGAAGAAUUGUCCGUUAUUAAAACGAUGUUAUUAUUGUAGACAGGUUGUAGAAAUUGCCAGCUAUACUGAUCAUUUACUUGAAGAUUGUGAGAAAAAAGAUACAUUUAAGAAAUGUCCACGAUGUUCAGAAGCUGUCAGUAAAUCAGACUAUGAUUCACACAUAGCAGAGAAAUCAUGUACCCCUGCUAAAGCUAACAGUACUCACUGUCCAUUGUGUCACAUAAACGUAUCACCGGGCGAUGAUAGCUGGAAAAAUCAUCUCAUGUCAAAAGAUGGCUGUAAGGAAAAUCCUCGAAGGCUUCUUUUAUUCAGCAAACAUCCACCAGCCCAAACACAAACGAAAAUUCCUAAAAAGACAACUGUGACGAAACCAAUUGGUAAGGGUGGAAGGUAGAUCUCUCUCUAGAGGCUUCAGUGCUUUUUCUUUAUCUGGAUUUUAUAAUCUCUACUAAAAUAGCCACCAAUUAAUCGGCUUCAUCUGUGGAACGGACAGAGUCACGCCAUAGUACAGAUAACACUUCACUAACAAUAUAUACCAGUAGUGUAGAGAAGAUGGAAUUAACCGAUUUAUUCCUGGGAUUUAAGCAUUCGCAACUAGAUCAUUUUCUAUUUUAACAAAAGAAAGUUUGCAAAGAGAUAAAAGUUUAUUUGUGGAUUAUUGUGUGUUAGUGAUUACUGUCAAUAUGAAGUAUGCGUUACUAGAUAUCAGUGUGCUUCUUAAGGCCGGACCGAAUACUUCAUUGUGCAUAUAUGCUAUAAAUAAGUUUGUGAAUUCGAUCGAAGACUAUUUUGUAGUAAUAUAGUGAUAAUACUGAUAGAAAUGGCAGAAUAUGAACGGAUACGACAAACAGGACAGAAAUAUUAGUACUAACUUAAGAUUCAACUAUUUUCAUUCAAAUUGUUUCUGACUAAAGCAGUUAGAUAUUUUUUUUGUCUCCUAUAGGAGAUAUUUUAUAAUAUUACUUGAAUGCAGUCAAUUGAUAUUAAAAAAAAAACAAUGAAAUAUUGAAAAUAUAUUGAUUUUAAAAAUUCACAAUCUCAGAAAAUUUGAAAAAGCACCGAAAGGGAUUCAAAUAUUGUUCAUUUAAUUUCUAUCAAAUAUUCAAAUAGCAUUCGAAUAAUGACUAAGAAUAUUUGAAUUUUAAAAUCAACUCUCGUUGGACCACUAAGAAAUAUAUUUUUAAUUAUUUCUGAUAUUAUUAAUAGCUUUCAUUGUUGUGUUAGUGGUUAAGAAACACUAUAUUUUAUUAACUAAUAUCUGUUCACUGUGGAUAUUUAGGGGUAUGGUGUUUAUUAAAAGUUAUUAUUGUGCCGCCAUAAACCAACAAGAUAUAUAUCUGUGAUAUACGUAAAUACAUUCAACCAAAUCAUUUGUAUUUCAUGAAAUGCAAGUUGUUUCCCUUUCCGUGUUGUGGGUUGCCUCCCUUGUUAGUUUGUUGCCAUUUUAUGUGAAGCCUGAAUGUAUCACUCGGGCUUGCGUCUGUACAACCCGUUGGAUUGUUACGCACUAGUAUGUUUUGUUACUUACAAUGUGUGUGUGUUAUGCGUCUGGUCCGGGGAUUGUCUUAUGGAUUUCUGUUUGGUUGUUAUGUUGGUGCAGUCUUGCACUUAUUAUUAGAGACAACAGAUUGUCCACUAUACAAUGUCAAGGGUAUGUCUACCUGCCCUUUUAUUUUUUCUCAAUUUUUUCCGCCUCUUGUAGUGAUCCAAGAGAUCAUAAUAAUAGUUAUUUUAUUUAUUCAGUUUAUUAUUUAUCAGUUUUCUUGUUCUUUAAAUACCUCAAUCUGAUUAAAACACAGAUCCUAUUUCGUUUCGUUUUUUAUAGUUCAAAAUUUCGGUUUAUUUGGCUUUACUACACUAGGAUCUGGAAGAUUUGUUAUAUAACCCGUGUUCUGGAAGAUGCGACGGAUUAGCCAAUGAAAAGGUCUGUUACGGCAAAUUUUUGGCGUAAAUUGCACCGAACUGUGGGUAACCCCCAAGAAACAUCAACGCUGAUUGGUUAAUCAAAUGGCUGAUGUCAUAGGGUCAAAAGCCACUUGUAUGACCUCCCACUAUAACUGAUCAGAUCUUCAUGUAGUAGAGGCCAUCGAAAGUAUAAAAAAACGAAACAAAAUAUAGAUCUGUAUUUUAGUCAGAUUGAACAUGUAAAUACCUUUAGCAAUAACAUUUUAUGUGUAGCUGUCAUCAUCAUAGCAUUAAUCUUUAAAAUAUAAAGUGCCUUAACACAAGUCAGACCUGUUUCAGUUGUUGUAAGUUUAUUUUGUAGGAAUUGAAUUUAUUAUUCAAAUAGACACAUUUAUAUUAUAGACAUUCCAACCAUUCCCACAAUGUUUAUUCUGUUCUUAAUAUCAGCCAGUAUCCAUGACAAGUAUAACACACUAUAUAAGGCAGUGGUUCCCAAACUUUUUUAUACUCACAGGUCACUUUUGGCACACCUUUUACAUAAAUUAUUCAAAAGAGGUAUUUAUAUAUAUGAACAAUGCAUAAAGUAGAAAUAUAGGUAAUUAUAAAUACCGAAAAAUUAUAUGUACCUUACUUAUUUCUUUACAGAACACAGUUUUUAUGGGAUACAAUCACUAGUUUUAUUCUAAAAGUACGACGUUUCGACAAAUAUCCUCUUAUCGUGGUGCUUGAUAACGAUAAGAGGAUAUUUGUCAAAACAUCUUGCUUUUAGAAUAAAACUAGUGAUUGUAUCCUAUAAAAACUGUUUUCUGUUAAUGUGUUUCCCGAUCGCUAAAUGUCACUCAAAGAUUAUACUUAUUUCUUUAUUCAAUAAAAGUAGCAGAGUUAUGAUUGAGAAAAUUGCACUCGUGGUUUGGACUAUGUUGGGACAUAUAAUUUUGCUUUUUGUCACACACCGUUUGGGAACCACUCAUAUAAUUAUAAUCUGAUAUUAUUAUUAUUAUUAUUAUUGUUACCACUUGAUGUAUGUACAGUCAUUUGUUUAUUUUACAACAUUGUAUUAUUUGUUGUAUUGUUUAUAUAGGUAUAAAAAUGUGUUUAUAUAUAAUUACUAAGCUUUUAUAUAUUUAAAAAUGUUAUUUAUUUAAAUGUUAUUUCAAAUAUCACACACCCUGUAAUAAAACCUGGAAUAUUG